AUGAAACUUAACUGCUUGCAUUUGUUAGUUUGCCUCAUUCGAUUGGCUAAAACAGAUAAUAGUAGCAUCCAAAAUAUGCCACUCAUAUUGAAUGGCCACUAUAUAUUGUGGCCGUCAAGCAAGAUACGAGAAAAAUUUGUUAACGAAAAACGAUAUAUACCCAAAAAUAUAAUUUAUACAAGAUUUCAGAUGAGUUCUGAUCGAGUCUUUCUGGCUGCUCCUCGUUACAAACGUGGAGUACCAUUCACAUUAAGCUACACGGAAUUCACGCACAAAGAAAAGUGUUACAAUUAUGUGAGUCCGUUUCCAUGCAUGGAAAAUGAAGAUAUGGUGAUUGGGACAAGUGAUAGUGGAACAUUAAUCAAUGCCAUAGAUUUAAAGAUGGGAUGUGACAGUACUCUUUGGGUGUUAGAUGCAGGAAUUUCAGACACUCUCAGUGACCAUCCAACGAGAAUAUGCGAUCCUAAAAUCGUCGGGUUCGAUAUAUUUUCAAAAAAAGUCAAGCACAUGAUCACAUUGAACACUUUGAUUUGCCGGGCCAAAAGUAGAUUACAGUACCUAGCAGUGGAACAAGUCACAGAUACGAUGACGGUGCUUUACGUGGGUGAUGGCGGUACGCGAUCAAUAAUCGUGUGGUAUGUUCAGAAAAACGAAGGGUACAAGAUAAAGUUAUCACACACAAUUGUGGAUGGAUGCUCAGAAAACCCAAUGGAAGACGUAUUCUAUAUGAUGUUAAUAGAACAGGAGACUGGAAAUUACAUUUACUUCACGUACCUAUCGAGUCAGGAUAUUUUUCGGACCCGGACCAAAGAUCUACAAAAACGCAUGAACUCCAAGUGUAUAGUUAACAUGGGUAAGAAACCGUGCAAAAUGGUGUUACUAGGCGUUGGUUAUGGGUCAGUUCUGUAUUUCCGAAUUAAGGGCCAGAAUCACUUGUACAGCUGGGACACGAAACAUAGUUUUCUCGAAGAGAACUUCAUGGUUGCGCGAAAGAGUAGAGACUGUCGACUGAUAACACACGUGGAUGUGGAUAGCGAAGGCAUCCUAUGGGUUUUGGAGAGCAACAUACAGGACUUUAUCAUCGACCAUGUAGGUUGUUAUGGACCCAGCAUGAUGUUGACGCCUGUGUUCGAGAACCCUAUCCCAGUUAUUAACGACUUAGAUAACGCAGAAAAUUUGCCGCCCUCUGAGUAA